AUGGCGAUAGCCCUGCUUCAGAAGAGCCUGCUGCUGCUUCUUUGCUGCUCGGGGAUCCUCUCCACACUCCCCAGGAACUGGAAGCUGAAGAUGUUGAUCGAUGAGAUGGAGCACCUCUUUACAAUGGAGGAAUUGGACCACAAAUCUGGGGCCCCCAGGACACCACCCACAUUCAUGACUAACUUAUUCCGUCGGGUGGCCCACCCCAGUGGCAUCAGCAAGACUACAGGUAUCCUGAUGGGAAACAUGGUGAGAAGUUUUGAAGAGAAAGUCCACAUCAAUCAUUCUCAUUUCUUCUUCAACCUCUCUUCUGUUGGCAAACACGAGAAGGUACUGAGAGCUGAACUCCAUGUAUUUAAAUUCAGACAAUCGCAACAUCUCCUCAGCGAAGACAAAGACAAAGCUAUUCAUUAUAGUCGAGUGGAAGUCCAUGAACUUUUAGGUUCCACACCAGAGGCUGAGAGAGGGGGUCUCCUUAAAUCCAGGAAUCUGUCUCUGAGGUCAGAAGGCUGGUUGGUGUUUGAUGUCACCCAGACGGUAACUGACUGGGUUCAUGGAAACUUGUCUGACCGGAGCUUUUUGGUGCUCACUACAAAGAAUGUUGGACUGCCCUUGAAUUAUGACUAUCAUAGAACUGACCGGAAGUGGAAGAAUAAUGAGAACAGGAAUUCCUUACUUGUUCUCUUCACCCAAAAUGAGGACCCUGGACCUAUCAGAAAUGGCUACAUGGCCCUACCAACAAUGUUUCGGUCUGAUGGAGAGAUGAAUUCUAGCUUUUUGGAGUCUCUUGGCCUUCCCGAGUCACCUCCCAACCUCAACAUUAGCCAUGAUAUCCGGAAACCCAGAAGCAUCGUUAAGAAUGAAUCCAUUCCAAAGGGCUGCCAGAAGGCUCCUCUCUAUGUUGACUUUGAGAAAAUAGGGUGGUCAAAAUGGGUCAUUUCCCCCAAAGGAUACCAAGCCAACUACUGCAGGGGAAAAUGUUUAUUUCCCUUGGGCCAUGGGGCAGAGGCCUCCAAUCACGCAUGCUUCUUGUCCUUUGUUGUUCGCUUCAAGCUAGACCCAAAUGUGUCUAGACCCUCUUGUGUCCCUAGAAAACUCAAUUCCAUCAAUCUCUUGUAUUAUGACGAUGCUAACAACGUAGUCCUCAAACAGUAUAAAGAUAUGGUGGCUGAUAGCUGCAGCUGUCAGUGA